AUGCCCCCCCAAGACGGCGAGUCGUUUUUGUUGUCUCCAGUACUUCAGGUGGCGUUGCGUAGCGAACUCAGCAAGAAAAGGUGGAAAUCGUUCGUUGGGGGACUACGGGGACCGGACGGCCUUCCUUCCUGCGACAAUCCAAUAUGCGUUCACGGCGCCUCCCCUUGCCUUCCCGUUCGCGGGGCCGUCGGAUGCUCAAAUUGCCUACGCCUCAAUAUCCGAUGCUCUCACCACGACCAGUCCAUAGUUGAGGAUAUGCUUCGAGAAAAACGCAUGGGUUUGUUUGAAACUCUUCGCGUUCGGGGAGAAUACUACGAACUCCACGCUCGAGCCAGGAAUGAAGAAGUAAAUAUACAUGGCGGUGUGGUUGGAUUGAAACAAGUCAUCGACUCUGUCUCGGCGCUCAUCGCUGUCCAGGAUGAAAACAGAGACCCCGCCAAUAUCCCUGCCCGAAGAGUGGCGCUAGAAAGAAUGAGGGAAGCCCAGGUUAUGUGCACAAUCAGCCACGCCGUCAUGUCCAGGGAGCGUAUGUCUUUGGAGAUGAUGCUUGUGGACAUUGCGAAGGUUCUCCAGUUGGUUACGGAGGAAAAGGCAAUAUCAUGGGAGAAGGGGAUCGAAUACUUACGGUUGAUACUGGAGAGGAAGCCGUCGUUAUGGAUGGACGCAUCGACGAACAGAUUUGGGCCCUGUCCUGAACUUGUAACCCCUAUUUAG